AUGGCCACUUGGCUCUCCGUUGCACGGUAUGCCCGUGCACUGGGGCGGAGGCGGGUGGCGGCAGCAGACUGGAUGCCGCACAGAGAUGCGACACUUUCCUGGAGUGGAGCCCAAGGGCAGAGCGAGGAGGAAAUGGGUAGAUCAUUGGGCGAGGCGGACUUCCAAAAUAUUGGUGCUGAGCAUUGGGAAGACUCCAGGAGACGGUGGACCUCACAUGGUUCGUUGGAUUCCCGCGGAGCAUCGAUUGCCUGGUCCAUGCAGUUUCGCCCAGCUCGAAGUGGCUCUGCACGUCGACAUGGCUUCCAUGCGGAGACUGUGAGUGAAAGCUCAUUGGCGCGUUUGUUCAAGGGAGAACAGAUGACUUCUCCCUGCCUUGGCCCGCCUGCGGAGGCCGAGCUUCGCAUUCCUUUGCGCUUCGUCGUCGCAGCUGCGGAUCGACGCUGGGCGGAGGACACCAAGGCCACGGCCACAAAGAAGGGCCGGCGACGAGAUGACCUCCGCCUGAAGUGA